UGCAUUAAUGCGUCUGGGGGAGAAAAACAGGUGACGAUUGAUAUUUGCAGAUCCUUUCGGCCAAAAGCGAUCUUUACCGUUACGCUGUCGAAUAAGUAGAUUGCAGGGGAAUACAGGACCAAGGUUCACAAUCAAGAUCUGCUGGUUGACCGGAGGGGGAUGGAAAUUAGAAGGCAUGCAAGAUCUACCCAAGGAAACCAUUAAUGAUGCUCAACACACUUUGAGGGACCUUGCGCUGCGUGCCGCUGAUUUGCCCUUAUAUUUGUACAACUCCCUGCCAGAGGUAAAGCUCUCCCCUUUUGUUAGGAAGCUCAUCCUGAUCUCUGUGGUGGGAGCGACUUCCUUUGCUAUUUUGGCCCAUCAGUUGAAACGAAAACGAAGAAAGAGGAAACAGGAAGAGGAGGAGGAGGAGGAGAUAGUGAAGGUGCAGAUGCCAUGGGAGCAAGAACUUUUUAUUCCGCAAUUUUCCAGAACAGCAGCAUCAGAAAAAGGCUCUAGUUGUGCCAGCAGUCGCCAGAACCUGAGCCUCUCCUUGCAGUCGAAGGGAUCGCACUCGUACAACACGUACGCAUCCGCAGGGCUGCUCAGCAGGUACUCUGGCUCAGUACAGAGCCUAUCCUCGGCCCAGAGUGUGAACUCUUCCCAGAGCUGUCUGUGCGCUGGUUCGAACCUAUGGGACAAGGUUGCUGAAGACAACGAAAUCAAUCUGAUCAAUGUGCCAGUGACCACUCCUGAAAACCUGUACCUGAUGGGGAUGGAGCUGUUCGAGGAGGCACUCCAGCGGUGGGAGCAGGCCCUGAGCUUCCGCAGCCGGCAGGCAGAGGACGAGGUGAACUGCUCCUCGGUCAAAUUGGGAGCAGGAGAUGCAAUCGCGGAAGAAACGGUGGAGGACAUCAUCAGUGUAGAGUUCAUACACAAGCUGGAGUCAUUGCUGCAGCGAGCUUAUCGACUGCAGGAGGAGUUUCAGGCUACUCUGGGAGCACCCGACCCAGCUUCUCUGGCGAAUGACAUUGACAGAGAGACCGACAUCACAGUCAGGGACACUGAAGAUGUCUGCCAGCGGGACACGAUCAGCAUUGCCUCCACAGAUUCGUUUGUUUCAGCGGCUGAGCUAACAGAACACAGGGACCAUCGGGGCAGUGCCUACGGCUUGGGGUCAUGGUGUCAUCUGCCUCUUUACGAAGAAGCAAUGCAGCUAGCGGAAGAGGGGAAGGUGUUCUGCCGCGUCCUGAGGACAGAGUUGUUGGAAUGUGUGGGUGACAGUGACUUCCUGGCCAAGGUACACUGCGUGCGUCAGGCUUUUCAGGUAAUUCUGUCAGAUGCCUCGAAUAUAAAGUAUUUUGCAGAGAUGGGGAAAAAGAUCCUGUCUGCGAUAAUGAUGAAAGCUCACAAGAAUCCAAAGAGGUUUGUGGAAGUCUUUGAGGACAUGAUGUUCUUCCUGCAGCAAACCGAUCACUGGGAGACAACUCAGCGGGAACUUGCGUCACGAGGGGUGAAAUACAUGAAUUUUUAUGACGUUGUUUUGGACUUCAUCCUGAUGGAUUCCUUUGAGGAUCUGGAGAAUCCCCCUUCAUCGAUACAGAACAUCGUCAACAAUCGGUGGCUAAAUAAUUCCUUCAAGGAAACUGCUGUGGCUUCGAGCUGUUGGUCUGUUCUGAAGACCAAGAGACAGCAGAUGAAGGUGCCAAAUGGCUUCAUUGCACAUUUCUACUCUGUUUGUGAGCACAUCAGCCCUGUCUUGGCGUGGGGGUUCUUAGGACCCAGGAACUCCCUCUAUGAUUUGUGCUGUUUCUUUAAGGAACAAGUGCUCUUCUUCCUGAAGGACAUCUUUGACUUUGAAAAGGUGAGAUACACCAGCAGGGAGAGUCUUGCAGAGGACAUCUUACACCUGAUCCAGCGCCGCACAGAGCUUCUGGUGGCUUACCUGGGAACAGACAACCUGAGGCACCUGAACGGGUACGUCGGACUCCCAUUGUCCAACAAAGCCAUGGAAGUAUAUAAGAAGUAAGCCAAGGGCCUUGAACUGCCCCUGUGCACAAGUUACCACCUGAAUCCUUAAUGCUGCUGAGUCUAUGAAUUUGAAUCCAUUAAGCCCCCAAACCUUGGCACCACCAUCCUUGAAGUAGCAGUUGUUGAGCUGAUUUAAGAAUAACACGCACAAAAUGCUGGAGGAACUCAUCAGGUCUGGUAGCAUCCAUGGAGGGGAAUAAAGAGCUGACGUUUCAGGCCGAGACUCAAUAUCAGGACUGGAAAGGUAGGGGGAGAGAAGGACCACAAGCUAGAAGGAAAUGGGUGAAGCCAGGUGUUUGGGGAAGGGGGGAAUGAAGUGAGAAGUGGGCAGGUGAUAGGUGGAAAAGGUAAAGGUUGAAUAAGGAGGAAUCUGAUAGGAGAGGAGGGUGGACCAUGGCAGAAAGGGAAGGGUGAAGAAGGGACCCGGGGAAAAUUGAUAGGCAGGUGAGAAGAAGUAAGAGGGAAGUCAAAGUGGGGAAUGUGCAGGCCAAGUCAUUGGGUGUAUUUAAGGCAGAGCUUGAUAGGUUUUUGAUUAAUCAGGGUGUUAAUGGUUACGGAGAGAAGGCAGGAGAAUGGAGUUGAGAGGGAUAAUAAUUCAGCCAUGAUAGAAUGGUGGAGCAGACUUGAUAGACCAAAUGGCCUAAUUCUGUUCCUAUGUUUUGUGUUCCAAAUUAGAGAAAUUGAUGUUCAUUUCUUUUCCACCUAUCACCAUCCAGCUGCUCACUUCAUUCUCCCCCAUCCUGCCUACUCAACUUCACCUACCACCUUCUCGGUUGUACUCCUCCCCCCCGCCGCACCCCCCAUCUUAUGUUGGCUUCUUCCCCCUUCCUGAUGAAGGGUCUCAGUACGAAAUGUCCUAUUUAUUCUCCAUGCAGCCUGCCUGACCUGCUGUGUUUCCCCAGCAUUUUACUCUGGAUUUCCAGCAUCUGCAGAAUCUCUUGUGUUCAUUGAGUUGAAUUUUUAAUUCCUUUUGCCAUGUUUUACAUUUUGUUUAUUUUAUGAAAAUAAUAUUGCUUUAAAAUCUAUUCUGGCCUGUAGGUGCAGUAGUGAGGGAGUGCUGCUGUAGUGGAAGCAAUAUUUUUUAGAUGUGAUAUUAACUGUAGCCCUGUCUGCCCUUAAAGAUGUAUGUAAAAUAUUUUGUGGUAAUACAGUGUCCAGAACAGCAGGAAGUAAUUCCUUGUGUCCCUCAUUACCCACUGCCAAUGCCAGCAAUUUUCAGUUUAUGUCCCAAUGUUAAACACAAGACAUUCUGUAGAUGCUGGAAAUCUCGAGCAACACACACACAAAAUGGUGGAGGAACUCAACAGGUCAGACAGAAUCUCUCGAGGGGAAUAAAUAGUCGACAUUUGGGGUUGAGUCCUUCCAUCAGGACUGGAAGGAAGGAGGCAGAAGGUGGGGGGGGAGGGUGAAGGUGACAGAUGGGAUGGAAAGUUGGAUGAAGAAAGAAGUUGGAAGGAGAUGGGUGGAAGGGCAGAAGAAGGAGGAAUCUGAUAGGAGAGGACAACAUAGGAGGGGCACCGAAGGGAGGAAAUGCACAGGUGAGGAGAGGGGUGAGAGGGUAAGCAGAAUGGGGAAUGCAAAAAGGGGGAAGGAGGGAAGGGAAGAAAUUACCAGAUGUUGGAGAAUUUGAUGUUCAUACCAUUCCUCCAACAUUGAUUUCUUUCCUUCCCUCCCUCCUCAUUUCCCGUUCUAGUUAGCCUCUCAUCCCUUCACUUCUCACCUGCCCGAAACUUCCUUCUGGUUCCCCUCUUCCUUCUCUUUCUCCCAUGGUCCACUCUCAUCUCCUAUCAAAUUUCUCCCUAAGCCUUUUACUUCUUCCACCUAUCUCACAUUUCCCAUUUCAUUCCCCCCUUCCCCACCUACUUAUCUCCCCCCUCACUUGUCUUACCCCACCCAUCCUCUUCCACUCACCCACCUUCUCCUCACCUGGUCUCAGUUAUCCUCUCCCAGUGUCUUACCCCAUCCACUCUCUCCCACUCACCCACCUUCCCCUCACCUAUCACCUACUCCCUCCCCUCCCAUCUUCUUAUUCUGGCUUCUGCCCUUCCUUUCUCCCCUUUUCCAGUCCUGAUGAAGGGUCUCAGGCCAAAACAUCAACUGUUUAUUCCCCUCUAUAAUGGUGCCAUCUUGCUGAGUUCCUUCAGCACUCUGUGUGUCUUGCUCUAGAUUUCCAGUAUCUGCAGAAAUUCUUGUGUUAAUGGAAUGGUUGACAUUUUGUGCCAAGGUCCUUCAUCAGUCUCCCUUGUGUCAGGGCACAAAAAUAUUAAUAGAAAUUUUUUCCUUGUGCACAAGGUUAAAUGCACAAUGUCUAAAUGCACAAUAGAUUUAAAAUGUGGUGGAUGAAUUAAUGGCACAAAAAUGUCAGUGGACAUGAUGUUCCCUUUGAGUUUUACAGUAAGGAAACAGGCCCUUAAGCCAUUUUUAAGUAGAUGUUUCUAUGUACGUGUGGCAAAUAAAACUAAUCUUUAAUCUUAAGCAAGAAACAGAUUAUCUCCCAAUUUAAGUCGUUGCUCUUUGCAGGAAUCUACUUUCUGUAAACUGGCUAGGGUGUUUCCUCAUUACAACAUGAUAAUGUAACAGCGCAACGCUAUUAUAGCUCGGGCAUUCUGGAGUUCAGAGUUCAAUUCCAGUGCUGUUCUUUAUGGAGUUUCUACAUCCUCCCCGUGGAACAUGUGGGUUUUCUCUGGGUGCUCUGGUUUCAUCCCACAGUCCAAAGAUGUAUGGGUAGAUUAAUUGGUCAUUGUAAAUCGGUCCAUGAUUAGGUUAGGAUUAAAUGGGUUUGGCAGUGGUUCCUGGGAUGGCAUAGCUUGAGGAGCUGAAAGGGCCAACUCUGUUCUGUAUAGCUAAAUAAACAAAAUAAACACUACAAGAAAUAAAGAAAUACUUCAAUGGUUGUGAUGAUCUUUGGAACAUCUGGGUUUGUAAAAAGUGCCUCCUUUCUCUCUGAGAGGUAAGUUGUAAAUCAGAGUGCCAAGAACCUUUGCUGAUAAGAAGUAGGUUGUUAUUUGAGUGAAGAUACGUGGCUCUGUGCCUUGCCCUGUGUGUUUCUCUGGAAUACCCCUUGUAUGCAAUUCCUUACCCGUGUGUUAGGUCAUGAGUUGUUUAACGCAUGGCGUGUUGCCCACAGGAUUCUGGUGGUAGCUUCUGCACAGUGGAAUCUCAAGGUAGCCUUGGGAUGUGGAGCCAAUCCUUAAAGGACCCAGUUAGGGGUCAGUAAAGCAAGUUUGUUCUCAUCCCAUGACAGGGCAAGUCUUGAAGAAGCAGCUAUCCUGGGCUAAAGAUGAUGGGACAUGUUGCGUUGUGCCUAUAAUUCAUUAUAGACUCAGGGAGGUUUCCAAAGGAAAAGAAUCCAGGAUUUUUUAAAAUAAAUUCUUUGUGUUGCGUUGUGAGGUUAAGUCCGGAUCGGUUGCUAACUUGGGAUUCCCAGUUGCAAUUAGGAAAGCCAAUUCAUUUGGUCUUGAGAUAUCCCUACAGUUGUAUUACCUGCAAUAAACAGUGUAACUUUUGAUUGUCUGCCAUUCUGUUGUUCCCCUCUGGUUAAGGGUUUUUAACCAGUAGGAAUACUGUUAGGUUUGCCACCUCUAGCCAGUCUUGAUCGCAGAGGGUCAUGAUCCCAGCACCUAUCUCUGAAGUUUGCACCUUCUCUCUGUGACUGCCUGGGAUUUUUUUCUGGGUGCCACAGCUUCCACUCACAUCCAGGAGGCCAUUCAGCCGAUUUAGUCAAUGCCAGCUCUCAGAGUAUGCCCCCAGCCCUAUUUCAAAGCAUAGAAUAUAGGACAAUACAGCCCUUUGACCUGCGAUGCUGUGCCACCCUUUAUAAUCCUAUCCACGUUCAAUCUAAUCCUUCCUUCCUACACAGCCACAGCCCUCCAUUUUCCUAUACCCAUGAGCCUAUCAAAGAGUCUCUUCAAAGCCCCUAAUAUAUCUGACUGUCCCCACACCAGACAGUGUAUUCCAUACACUUAACACUCUCUGUAUAAAAACACCUGUCUCUGACAUCUCCCCUCUACUCUCCUCCAGUCACCUUAAAAUUAUGCAUCCUCGUAUUAGCCAUUCCUGCCUUAGGAGAAAAGGAACUGGCUGCCCACUCUUUCCAUUUAUCAUCUUGUACAUCUGUUUUAUGCUGUAAGUUUGACCGUAGUAAGAUAGUGGCAUGUAUUCACAGUGGCACAUUUCACUCCAUCCACACAGUUCCCAUAGGACACUCUUCCAAAUGGAGCUCAUUUUUACCCUCAUAGGUCCAUGAGACCCUAAGACAUAUGAGCAGAACUAGACCUCAUGGACCAUCGAGUUUGCCACACCAUUCCAUCAUGGCUGAUUUGUUAUCCCACUCAACCCCAUUCUCCUGCCUUCUCCCCAUCACCUUUGACACCCUGACUAAUCAAGAACCUGUGAACCUCUGCUGUAAAUAUACAGGCCUCCAUAGUUGUCUGUGGCAACGAAUUCUACAGAUUCACCGCCCUCUGGCCAAAGAAAUUCCUUCUUAUUUCUGUCCUAAGUUGACAUCCCUCUAUUCUGAGGCUGUGUCUUCUGGCCCUAGACUCCCCUACUAGAGAAAACAUCCUCUCCACAUCUGCUCUGUCCAGGCCUAUCACCCCAUCCCUCAUUUUUUUAAACUCCUGCAAGUACAAGCCAGGCCCAGAGCUAUCAACAGUUCCUCGUUAACUCUUUCAUUCCCUGAAGCAUUUUUGUGAACCUCCUCUGGACACUCUCCAAUGCCAGCACAUCUUUUCCUAAAUAAUUCAAGUGCAGUCUGACCAUGCCUUACAAAGCCUCAGUAUUACUUCCUUGCUUUUAUAUUCCGGUCCUAUCAAAAUGAAAGUUACCAUUGCAUUUACCUUCCUUACCAUCAACUUAACCUGCAAGAUAACCUUUCAGCAAUCCCUGCACCAGGACUCCCAAGACUACUUGCACUCUGAGUUUAGAAUUUUCUCCUCAUGUAGAAAAUAGUCUAAGCUUUAUUCCUUCUACCAAAGUGCCUGACCAUACAAUUCCCCACACUUGCCCGUUCUCCCAGUCUGUCUUCGUCCAUCUGCAGACUCCCUGCUUUCUGCAAAACUACCUGCCCCUUCCACCUGUCUUUGUAUCGUCCACAAACUUGGCCACAAAGCCAUCAAAUCUGCGUAUAACAUGAAAAGAAGCGGUGACCCUGCAGAACGCCACAAAUCACCAGUAACCAACCAUAAAGGGCCCCUUUUAUUCCCACUCUUUGUCUCCUGCCAAUCACCCAAUCUUCUAUUGAUGCUAAUAUCUUCUCUGUAAAACCAUGGGUUCUUACCCUGUUAAGCAGCCUCAUCUGCACACCUUGUCAAAGGCCUUCUGAAAAUCCAGGUAAGUAACGUCCACUGACUCUCCUUUGACUAUCCUGCUUGGUAUUUCCUUAAAGAGUUCCAGCAUUUUUGCCAGACCUUAAGGAAACAAUGCUGAAUUUGGCCUAUUUUAUCAGGUGCCCCCAACUACCCCAAAACCUCAUUCUUAAUAAUGCAUGCCAGCAUCUUCCUAAUCACUGAGGUCAGGCUAACUGGCCUAUAAUUUCCUUUCUUCUUCCUUCCCCUCUUCUUAGAGUGGAACAAUAUUUCUAAUUUUUCCAAUCCUCUUAAACCAGAAUCCAGUGAUUCUUGAAAUAUCGUUACUGGUGCCACCACAGUCUCUUCAGCCGCCUCUCUCAGAACCCUGGGGUGUAGUCACUCCUUGGAGUGGUGCCUCAGCAGAAGAUUGCUGCCUGUCCAGCUCUCAGGUGGGCAGGUUCCAAAGUGCGUACCUAAUCCAAAAACUCCCCGCAGUUGAAUAUGACCUGGACCCAUUGAUCAGAUGGAGAAGUGGCAAACCUUGACAGCUUAAUUGUUCUAUCAAGCAACGGCUUAUGUGUUUUGUAUCGCCUGCUUUAUAUGGUCCAUAAUGUGACUGUACACUUUGAUAUCUCUGUAUCUAUAUCUCUUAAGAAAUAUAUAUAUAUCUAUAUACAUAGCACCCCAAAGAGCACACAAACUAUUCACCUUUGAACAGGUACUUGAAUUUUGCGUUUGCCAGCCUGAACCACUAUGAUAUGGCUGUCGUUGUACUAUGAAAUAUUCUGACAGAAAUGCUUGUAUUUUGAGGAAGUUGACUAAAUGAAUAAAAGCUGCCUUACACUUGGUGGGUCUGUAAAGAAUCUAGCAAUAUAUCAGUGUAUUUUAAUUUGAAGCAAUGCUGCCCAAAACACAGAACACGAACUGCCUGUGCUUGUCGCUGAUUUUGUUAGCAAGCACUGGGUGUUGUAGAAGAUCCUCAGUAGGUAAAGCACUUUAAAAAUAAAUUGC